AUGUAAUAUUCAAACACUUACGAGUCAGUUGUCAAGACUUAAGUAAUCAGCGGAUAAGACCAAAAACCUUUGAAUUUGGGAUUGACUGAUGUGGAAGGAGCCAAGGCUGUGGCAAGAAGAUUGUUUGAUACAUAUGAUAGAGAUAGAAAUGGAUAAAUUGAUAAUGUAGAAGUUGUUCCUAUGAUUGUGGAUGUUUAUAAAUCAUUCAAUCGUAUUUUCUCACCUGCUAGAGGAGAUAUUGAUUCAUUUUACAAAGUUUUGGAUAGAAACCAAGAUGGCAAGAUAACCUACUAAGAUCUUGAAGAUCUAUGUAUCAGAUACUUAACUAACUAAACACCGACAAAUUUAAGAGCUUCUGAAGCCCCUCGUUAGAGUGGUCUCCAAUAGACAUCGCAAACAGUCACUUCACAAUACAGAAGAUCCCAAUUUUGA